CGGGAACACGCCACGGACGGGGGCGCUAGUGCAAGGGAAGGAGCUGGACUACAACUCCCAGCAGCCUUUGCUGUAAAACCCGGAAGGAAAAAAAAAUUCCGACAACUGAGGGUCAUGGGUGCUGCAUCAGAAGAGAACGAGAAGAAUAUUCUGCAUACAAAGCUCAAAAGGAUUAACAGUGGAGGAGCAAAGUAUGAGAAUGGGAAGUGAGAGGCCUACUACAGUAAGUAGGGCUACUGCUAGCAUCUGAACAUGGAUCAAGAUAAGGUGGAUGUUGUGCAAGAGCAAGAAGAAAAACCUGGGAAAUGUGAAAAUGUAGCGGACGCUAGGAAGCAACCUAUUAAGAAUAGUAAGAAAAAGUACAGCGCACACAAAACAUGUCACUGUAUGGACUGUGGGAAAAGCUUUACACGGAAGUCAUCCCUUAUUGUACACCAGAGAAUACACACCGGAGAGAAGCUCUUCGUGUGCUUGGAGUGUGGGAAGAGGUUUAGCCUCAAGUCUUCUAUGGUCAGACAUAUGAGGACUCACACGCCAAAGACCCUUAAAAUCUGCCCAGACUGUGGGAAAUGUUUCAGCCGCUAUUCUAGUCUUUCCCAGCAUCAGAAAGUCCAUAGAAAGGAGAGACUCUAUCGGUGUCCGUACUGUGAAAAAAGCUUUACUUGGGCAUCACAAUUAGUUGUUCAUCAAAAAAUUCACAAAUGCAAGGCCCAGCCAGGAAGAUCGGACUGUGAGGAACAUGGCAGUGAUCUGGACAGACUCGGCACCCAAAAAAGCGCCAUGUGCCUGGAGUGUGGGAGAUAUUUUAAAGAACACAGAUCUCUAAUGAGACAUCAGAGAAUACAUAAAGAAUCUACUCUUAUUGUCCCCAGAAACAGAAUUGAUAGACUGGCACAUGACCUCCCCUUUCAUGGAAGUGCAGAUUGUACUGUGCCACCAUCCCUGCAAAUGGUCAACAGUUUAGACCAAAUGAAAGAUGGAUCAUUUUAUGCUCGGAAAACCCAUAAAGUUGGGAAACCUGUCCAGUGUAUGGACUGUGGGAAAAGCUUCACACGGAAAUCGUCCCUUAUUGUACAUCAGAGAAUUCACACAGGAGAGAAGCUCUUCAUGUGCUCAGAAUGUGGCAAGAGGUUUGGCCUUAGGUCUUCUAUGGUCAGGCACAUGAGAACUCACGCUCCCAAAAAACUUUUCCAGCAGCAGAAGGUCCACAAGAGGAGAAAGCCCUAUAAAUGUCCUCAGUGUGAGAAGAGCUUCUCUCGAGCUUCACAACUGGUAGCUCAUGAGAGAAAUCACAGAGCAGAAAAAGUUUGUCCAAAAUCAGAACCUGAAGACUCUGACUUUCUAAACCAAGAGAAUGAUCAUGCCAAAAGGAAAAAUCCAGAAGAAUCCCAUGUAUGUCUUGAAUGUGGAAAGCACUUCAGACGACAAACUGCAUUUAUAAGACACCAGAGGAUACACAAAGGUAAUAGUUGUCUAUUAACUACCCAGAAUGACAUUUCUUGCUCAGAUGGUGAAUCUGGAACACAGCGUAUUACUUCUGAGCCAGUUUAUAAAGAGGAACAGACUGAUGUCACAGAGACAUCCCAUUCAGACGUAGAUAAUUACAUUGUCAUUAAACUUGGAGAUAAUACAUACUGGAAACCCAGCAGUGAGGCAAAAAGCAUCUCGUGCCUGGACUGUGGCAAAUGCUUCACGCGGAAGUCCUCUCUUAUUGUACACCAGAGAAUACAUACAGGGGAGAAGCUCUUCAUGUGCUCAGAUUGCGGUAAGCGGUUUAGCCUGAAGUCUUCCUUGGUCAGACACAUGAGAACCCAUUCUCCAAAAGUCCUCAAUAUCUGUUCAGAUUGUGGCAAGUGCUUUAGUCGCUACUCCAGCCUUUUCCAGCACCAAAAAGUCCACCGGAAAGAGAAGCCCUUUAAAUGUCCUCAGUGUGAGAAGAGCUUCUCUCGAGCUUCACAACUUAUGUUUCAUCAAAGAACACAUAACCCAGAGAAGUCCUAUCGCGGAUCAGAGCCUGGCCAAGACCAAGUGAACCAUUACAACAGCUGUGCAGAAGAGCCUCAUGCUCUGAAAAGUGGGAAAUUAUUCACCGAACAACAUCUAUUGAUCAGGCAUCAGAAAGUGCAUAUAGAUAACAGCGAGUUCUUGUAUCAUACGGAUCUGAAGCCGGAUGCAGAUUCUAAUGUUCCACAUUUAGAAACAGAAAGCAAUUGCGAACUUGAAAUGAACUUGAAAAUACUUAAGACACAAGACGAUGUAUGUAAUACGGUGUCAACAGAGUCUGAGAAAGUGGUGAAGCAUGAAUGUCUCAUAGACCGCUCCAUUUGCAAACCAAGAUUGUCCAGGAGCAGAAGGGCCUACCACUGUCUCCAGUGUGGGAAAAAUUUUACUCGCAAGUCAACCCUUAUUGUACAUCAGAGAAUACAUACGGGAGAGAAACUUUUUAUGUGCACAGAGUGUGGGAAGAGAUUUGGUUUUAAGUCCUCUCUGGUCCGACAUCUGAGGAUUCACACUGGGCAGAUGCUCAAUACUUGCUCAGAAUGUGACAUAUAUUUCAGUCGGUACUGUGAUCUGUUAUUACACUUAGAGAAUCAUAUGGGUCCAUCGCAUUUUACUCACAAUGCUUUGUCAGAGAUAGAAGCAAGAGAUGAGCAGUGCCACCCUAACAUGCAGCAGUCUGUGAAUGCACAUAAAGGUGGUGUGCCAGUACCUUUAAUGAAGGGGCAAGAGUCAGAUUUACAACAAAAGGACCAGCAGCCUUGUGGUAGUGGAGAUCUACUGCCUAUUGCUUCAUCCGUAAAUGAUUAUUUGGAUCCACAUUGUGACGAGAGAAUACACGAAGGAUCUCUGAAUAUAAAGCAAGAGACUUCUGACCAUCUCUCUGCAGAUGUGGAGUCCACUGAUGGCCAGAAGAAUGAACUUGUAGGCACACUUCCAUGUACUCUAUACUGGGGAAAUGAACAUAACAUUUCAGAAUCCUCUAUUGAAGGAUGUUCAGGGAAAACAGAUGAAACCAGAAACCAUUCUGGGCAACCUAUAUUAAAUGUGCUGAAUGAUAACAAUUUAGGAGGAGCCAUAAGGCAUGGGUCUGAUCAAAUACAAAGGAGAACUCAGUCCAGUGUAAAGCCUUUCUUGUGUACAGAGUGUGGGAAAAAAUUCACACGGAAGUCAUCCCUCAUUGUACACCAGAGAAUACACACCGGGGAGAAGCUCUUCAUGUGUACAGAAUGUGGCAAGAGAUUUGGACUGAAGUCUUCAAUGGUCAGACAUAUGAGGACUCACAACACAAACUUUAAAUGCACGGCUUGUGAGAAAAACUUUAGGAACUAUUCUAAGUUCUUAGAACAUCAGACAUGUCACUCGGGAGAGCUUCGCUAUGCAGAACCCUAGCAUUCAAUUUCACGCAUACAAAGCAUAUAUUAUUGGAAUGCACAAAUAUUGGUCAUCUUGGUUUGUGAGGACAAGUACUAAUUAACAUUAUGUAUCAGACAUGGACCAACCUAUUCUAUGUGUGUUUUCUGUUGCAAAAUGAAAUAUCAAAGCUGAAAAGUACAAGCAUCCAUAAUUUACUUCUUCGCAGUUGCACUUUUUAUGCAAU